ACGGCAGCAGCAGCAGCAGCAGCAGCAGCAGCAGUCGGUCCGGCGGAGCGGAGAGCGGGAGCGAUGAUGGUGACCGUCAAGCCGAUUUUUUAACAGCCAAUUUGACAGCGGGGAAAUACGUCUUUCGCCGACGAAGCCAGCUCGACAAUGGAAGGAAAUGUUUUUCCCGACCAAGAGCAGCUCUUGCAGUUUCUGAGGAGGCUGAAGGAGGUUUUCGACGUGUGUGACGAGGAUGCUGACGGCUUCAUCCGGGUGGAGCACUUGGUGGAUCUCGGUCUUCAGUUCGGUCAAGGAGAGGAGGUGAAGAAGUUGACCAGGUACCUGGAUCCUAAGGCUCAUGGGAAGAUCAACUUCAAAGACUUUUGUCAUGGAGUUUUCGCCAUCAAAGGCUGUGAGGAGAUACUGAAGAUGCCUUUGGGUCCUCGCAGUGUAACCUCCAACCAUCCAUCAGUCACUGACAAUGGUUACAUAUAUCAGAAUGGUGAGGCCAAACUGGGCCCUCCCAUUAUCAUGUGUACAAGGUCCUACCCAGAAUGCAGUGUGUAUGGUGAGGGUUGCGGUGCUGAUGGGGAAUGUGACAUGGACAGCAGCACUGAAAACGGCAACAGCUCCGACUCUUUGGACCCAACACGGCAUGAUGGUCGCCUAAUUGGCUCCGCAGCUGCAUCUGUCAUCUCUGGUGAAGAGCAGUUUGAGGACUACGGUGAGGGGGAGGAUGUUGAUUUUACUCCCAGCAGUCCUUGUCCCGAAGAGGACACCAGAACAAAUGGCUUCUCGGACUUGGGAUCCUCGCUUCCCUCCAGUGCUGGACAGACUCCUCAGAAGAUGCGGCAGCUAUAUAACAGUGAGCUGCUAGAUAUCUACUGUUCUCAAUGCUGCAAGAAAGUGAAUCUUCUCAAUGACCUGGAGGCUCGGCUUCGAAACCUUAAAGCCAACAGCCCCAAUAGAAAGAUUUCCAGCACUGCAUUUGGACGUCAGCUCUUCCAGGCCAACCACAGUGUGUUUGGCUCCAGUCAGGGCAGCAGCACAGAGGAUCUGUUCACAGACAGCAUCGACUCCUGCGACCUCGACAUCACAGAGAAAGUCAGUUACCUGGAGAAGAAGGUGACAGAGUUAGAGAGCGACAGUCUAGCCAACGGUGACCUCAAGUCUAAACUCAAACAGGAGAACACACAACUUGUACACAGGGUGCAUGAACUGGAGGAGCAGGUGAAGGAUGCAGAAGCGAGGGCAGACCAGAGUCUAGAGGAGGAGACAAAAAGGCACCGAGAGGCUUACAGCAAGAUGGAGAGGGAAAGAAACCUCGAGAUAGACCUGCUCUGUAACAGGGUGCAGCAGCUGGAAGAUGAGAAUGGAGAGAUGAAAUUAAAUGUGUGCAGACUCAAGUCUCAGACUGAGAAACUGGACCAGGAGAAGCAGAGGAUGACAGACAAGCUGGAGGACACUAGUCUAAGGCUGAAAGAUGAGAUGGACCUGUACAGGAAGAUAAUGGACAAGCUGUGGCAUAACCGCCAUGAGUUUCAGAAGGAAAAAGAGGCCAUGCAGGAGCUGAUCGAUGACCUCCGCCGGGAGCUGGAAUAUCUGCAGUGCUUUAAGCUGGAGAUGGAGCAUCCAGGAAAGGGCAAGGGGCUGUCUGAGUACAACGCCAGGACCAGAGAGAGUGAAAUGGAACAUGAAGUCAAGAGACUGAAACAGGAGAACCAUAAGCUCCGGGAUCAGAACGACGACCUUAAUGCUCAGAUUCUCAGUCUGAGUUUGUAUGAGGCGAAGAACCUGUUUUCCUGUCAAACCAAAGCUCAGUGCCUGGCAGCUGAGAUUGACAAUGCAUCAAGAGAUGAGCUGGUCGAUGCUUUGAAGGAGCAGGAGGAGAUCAACCUGCGUCUGAGGCAGUACAUGGACAAAAUCAUUCUGGCCAUUCUUGAUCACAACCCCUCCAUCUUGGAGAUCAAGGGUUAAACUCCAUGCACACACACAUCUUUGUAACACCGUAGUUGUGGAGAUCUUCCAGUUCCUCACUAUUAGCUUGUACCUUAAAGUUACAAUCCUUAAGAUUUCAGUCCUGCUUGACUUGAUGACUGUCUUCAUUUUGAUAAACUAAAUUCAAGAUGGCCCCCAUUUUCUGACAUCUUAACAGUGCUGUCUUAUUUCAGCUGUGAUAUGGCAUUAGAGUGACAGUAAAUGGGCUCAACCAAUUAGAAUAAAUUACAAACUGUAACACUGGGUUACAUGCUACAUUGUUUCCUGGGUAUUCCUCGUUCAUGUAAAGGAAUUUAAAUCUGCCACUUGAAUGGCGGACCCUGCCACAAAAAACAAAAACCGCUUUACUGCAUAGAGAAAUGUCCACUGCUACAGCACCUCUAUUCACAUUCCUGUUCUACUUCGAGUUUCUGAAUACGGACUGUGUGCCUGUCACUGUGGAUUUAGAAAUCUGAUACUUUCACAUUAUUUAUGUAACAACUAUAGCUGCUACAUAAUCAAGAAGACAGAGAAAUCUCACUUUCUAUAAUAUGAGAUCUUUAAUGAGAUGUUGCUGAAAAAAGGUCUGGCCGUAAAUGGAGUAAAGACUGGCAUUGAUUCAAUGCAAAUCUUAAGGAUUAUAACUUUAAACUUGAGCCUAAAUCAUGAAUGUUGUCACUUAUGACUGAAACUGUUGCUCACCAAUGUUAUUACUCUGAGACACACACACACACACAGACACACACACACACACACCUCAGCAGACGAUCUUCAUAUGCACUACAACCGCACAUUUAUUAAUGAUCUGUGAAUCGCUGUUGAACACCUGUGCCAAGUUGAAUCCGUCCACCAGUGUUUUAUAAUUGUAUACUUGAAACUACUGAAAUGCGGAGACUGGCAACGUUGACUUUAUGUCUUGCAUUGGCAAUACCCGUUAAAUAGAGCUCUACAGUUAUAGAUUUUAACUGAGCUGUCAGUCAUCGGAGGUUCAGACUAACACAGAGUUGAGAUUCAAGGAGUGGGAGUCAUGAAACCACCAGUGAUCAGUUAAAGGGCCAUACCAGUGUUGUGCAUGUUUCCAAAGCGGUCCAUGAUGUGUAGAACUUUGAACAUGUGUUAACCAUCUUCCAGGCAACUGCUUCCAUUUCAUGGCAGUAAGAAAAUCAAUUUGAAGAGCCUUGAAAUUGGUUUAAGUUCAUUAUUUCUGUUAUCUACAUGUUUGUUGUAUUUUUGUCAAAGUUAUAAUGUUGUGUGCCAAAGAUAAGCAGAUUUUCCAAACUAAUCUGCCAUUAUAUCAAUGCAAGUUGAUUUUCAUACUGUGUGGGAAUGAAUGGAAACCAGUGGAAGCAUUAAAGGCGGAGAAACACUUCAAGGAAUAAUUCAACAUUUGGGUAAUUUGUCUUGGUUCAGUCUCAUGGCUGUGUGUUAAAUACAGAUCGGGAUUAGCUUGGUUUAGCUAAUCUUAGCGUAAUGCCUGAGAUCAGGAGGGAACACUGCCUGGUUUUAAAGUAAUAAAAAAAUUUGAAAUCUCCCCUAAAGCGCACAAAUGAACAUAUCGUAUCUGGUUUGAUUAGUCUACUCAAGCAGAAAUAUUAAAGUAUACGUUUACUACAAGUGGUGUGAUGAGUCCUGUUUUGGAACCAUUUCUUGAGGAAUAACAAUUUAUCCCUCACGCUGUGCUUCUAUACAGGAACAGCACAGAAGAUUUUGAACCCUUUCUUUAAAGAUGCUCAAAAAUGGUCAAAAAUAAAGUAUUCGUGUACAAUUAAUAAAUGACUGCAAAAUGUAUAAACACUGAAAUGGGCCUUUAAGUGACACACAAGUUCUCUGUUUUUAGCUUCUAUCUAACUCUUUAAUUUGGCUGUGUCAACACAGCUGAAUGCCUACAUGAUUAUUAUCGGCUGUAUGCUACACCAAAUCCAUUUUUAGUAGUAGUUGAAAUGUUAAUGUCAGUAAAUGUGUCAUUGAGGCUUUGCGGGACAGCUGAGUGAUGUGUUAAAAGCCUUUAAUCAGGAUGGUGUCAGGAGCCAAUAUUAUGUGCCAAAUCUUUUCAAACAAGAGAAAGGUCGUAGUUGAAGGGCAUCAAACUCAUCAUACAGAGUUGGGUGGCUCAGUUUCCGCAGAUCAGUAGUGCUGUGGAGCAAUGUCUUGUUUGUACUGCACAGGCACACAAGCAUUUGUAUCUUUUAUUCAUUCCAUGCUGUUAGAUUCACACACUGUUGUGUGCCAUCGCAUAUAAUGGACAGAGGCCGCGAGGAAGACAACAAGCUAGCAAACAUGGAUGUAAAUGUUUGCAAAUGUUCUAUGGGGAAGACAAGGUGCUUGAAGUUUUUUUUUGUUUGUUUUUUUUUAGGUCUGAGAGAGCCAGACAUGUUCUCUUGAGUCCCCUCGACAGAACUUUGUUUACACGAAAACUGCACAGGCCAUCUUCAGUAGCCUCUUACAAACACAGAAAUGUCCGAAAUUGGAUUUUACUGAUCAAUGAAUUCUGAUUAUUUUCAAGUGGGUUUUCACAAAGAUUACCCAUAAGCAACAACUGAGUUACAACGGGGAAACUCUGUUGCUUCCUACGCUGCCUUCAGUGUCUUUUGGAACCACCUUAUGUAUAUCAUGUUAUUCAGUCUCGCUUCAAAUAAUUUAACCUAAAUAUUUGGUCACACUUGAACACACCACGAGGGUAUUCCACAGAGGUCUGUCACAGGACAAGAGCAGUAUUGAGCUGCUCUAGUGAGCACUAUAUUAAGUUACAAAUUAGUGUUGCUUCAUUGCACAAGUUGUUCACAUAGUGAUUUUUUCAUAGUUUGUACUUUGACAUGUUUUGUUCAUUUGCAUACGAGGUAUGAAAAAUAUUGUUUAAGAACUCCAGCUGUGAUUUUGUUUUGGUGCCACUAAGUGAGCUUUUUCAUUGACAUUUUACUUUAUGACGGUAUUUGUGAUUUCAUACGCUGUAAAUGUUGUACAGAAUCUAGUCACUAUUCAUGUGCAAGUCAUUCCACUUAUUUAAACAGACUCUCUGAGAGUUUUGACACAAAAUUAGAAUAUGUGUUGUAGAAUAUAUUAUAACUCAGUAAUAUAUAGCACACGUAAGUGUUAUAGCCAAAGUAUUUACCUGGAAAAAUAAUAUUCGACAUGAAGACAUAAUAGUUUGUCACAACUCACAUGUUCACUUUGAUUUCUUUUACGUGUGAUGCACAUGGAAUUAGGAGUGACCAUGUUAUACAAACUAGAUGUGUAAAUAAAAUCCAUUAGCUUUGGCAUGACACA